UCUUUAACGGCAGUGUGCAACUUGCUCUUAACUUAUUCAAUAAUAGCAUUAAAAUCUUUUUCUGAUAAGGAUGGAUGUCGAGGAAAGUAUAAACACGGAUAAAGCGUACAUAAAAUGUAAAUUAAUAGUGAAAAAGUGGGAAAAAGACUUUAAACUUAAGCAUGCACGAACUCCCUCCAAAUUUGAUAUCAAGGAAGCACCAUCUAAUAUAAAAUAUGCAUAUAAAAAAUACUUUCACUUAAAAAGCGAGGCACUUGAAAAUUCAUUAUCUAUUUAUGAAGUUGACAAAGACGAAAUUGGAUCUCCUGAAAUUAAACAAAGCCUUGACUUUGUGACAGAUGUGACACCUGUUGAUCAAGAACCGCUGUUGCCGGCUCUGCCGAGCGGUCAAGAACUUGAGCAGUUGUUGUCAGCUUCGAAAUCGCAAAAAGCUGCAACAACUCAAAGCCCAUUUAUCGAAAAUCUGUCUAAAAAAUUAUUUCAGAAUAGAAAGUUUUCGAUAAGAAAUCCUAGGAAGUUGUGUCAAGCGAAAUCUCAGUCACAGCCUCUUGAUGUUAAUGAAAUAUCUAGAAACAAUAAGGAAAAUUUGUUUAGUGAUACAUGUGAUAGUAAAAUAGAAAGUGAUGAAUUAAAACAUACUGACUCUUGUGAUAAUUUACAAAACAAUUCCGCUAUGGAGGCUAAAACUGACAAUAAGAAAUAUCAAGAUAAUAUGCAUUACGUAAGCAAUAUUUCCAUUGAUAAUUUAAAAACCACUUCAAUACGUCAAAUUAAUACAGAGUGGCUGGAAAGAGCCAGUGGGCUAAAUAAUGAAUUUAGCAUGGUACAGAACAGAGUUCCAAAAGAAACUCCUGUUGUAGAAAAAUUUGGUUUAAGCAAUAUAUCAAUGCCCAAUGCCACUGAAAAAGCUUGCGAUAUUAUAGAAAAUAGUGAAUCUGAAGAGGAAGAUGUAAUUAAAAAACUUAAGCCAGCUCUUAAAAAGAGAAAAAUAGAAGGUUGUUGCAUCAAGGAUGAAUUAAGUGACAGGCAUAAAGAACAUACUGAGAUUAAUGAAUUAGAUUCUAACUUAGGGAAGAAGAAUGUUAGGAGACAAAGAACUAAAAAUAAUAAGAAAACAUUACCUCAAGAAGAUCACUGCAAUGAAGAAAGCCCACCUGAUAUAAGAGAGUAUUUGCCAUUUGGUAUGGAUCAACAAGUUAUGCCUCUAGCAACCAAAGUAAAUGACCUUCUAGAUGCAAUAAAACUACCUCAAGCAGCAUACACAAAUAUUAAUCAUGCUGAAAAGGACUUUGAUAAAUUAGAGUCAAAAAUUCAGAGUGGUACAAUUAAUGAUAACUUUGUAAAGAUUAAUAUAGAAAAAAAAGUUUUUGUCAGGGGUCGUAAAAAUUUUAAUUAUUCGAAAUACAAGAAGAAACAGUGGAAAGAUAAAAAAGCUUUGCAUGCUGGAAUGGAAUUCCCGGAAUCAGGAAAAGUAACUUGCUUCAAAUGUGGAAAUACAGGCCACAUGGCUAGUUAUUGCAGGGCUCACAAAGAAAACUAUCUUUUGCCAUUGGAAAAUAGUUCUGAUGAUGUAAUACCCACUUUAGCAGAUAUGAAGAAAAUUGUUCAAAAAGAGAGUACUAAUGAAAAGUCUAUAGAGCAGGAAUUAAGCACUUGUGUAUAUUCAUCUAGUCAAAUUCCAGAUGAUUUUAUAAAAUUAUUAGAAGAGAAACCGGUAUCAGAAUCAAAUAAUAAUAUUCAUCCUAUAGUAUCUGAUGAAUCUAUGGCUACCGAGGAGCUGUAUAAAUCUCUGCAGAUGUUUGGUCAUCAAUCAUUUCGUCCAGGGCAAGAACAAGCAAUUAUGCGAAUUUUAUGUGGCAAGUCAACAUUAUUAAUUUUAUCAACAGGGAGUGGAAAAUCCCUGUGCUACCAGCUACCUGCUUAUAUAUAUAGUCAACAUUACAAGUGCAUCACUUUGGUUAUAUCACCCCUGGUUUCAUUAAUGGAAGACCAAGUAUUAAGUAUGCCUGAUUUUCUUAAAGCAGGAUGCUUACAUACAAAUCAACCACCAACACAAAGGUGUAAAAUAAUGGAAUUAUUAAAAAAGGGCGAAAUAAAUAUACUUCUUAUAUCACCAGAAGCUUUGAUAUCUGGAGACUCAUCUAAUGGUUUUGCAGGUCUUUUUAAAUCAUUACCAAAAAUAGCAUUUGCUUGUAUUGAUGAAGCUCAUUGCGUUUCACAAUGGAGCCACAACUUCAGACCUAGUUAUUUAAUGAUUUGUCGUAUUUUAAGAGAAAAGCUAAAUGUUAACUGUAUUCUUGGGUUAACAGCGACUGCUAGUCAGUCUACUAUUAAGAGUGUUAUAGACCACAUUCAUAUCCCUGAUGGUAUAAGUGGUGUUGUGGAAAACCCUUCUCUCCCUGAUAAUCUUCAUCUAUCUACAUCAUUUGAAAAAGACAAGGACAGGGCACUUGUAACAUUUCUUAAUUCCGACAAAAUUAUUAAUUUUAAUUCAAUAAUUGUUUAUUGCAUAAGGAGAAAUGAAUGUGAAAGAGUUGCAGCUGUUUUACGCUCUUGUUUAUCUCAACCUGGAAAAAUUAAUAUGGAAAAGGCUAGUAAAAAAAGAAAAAGGAUGUCAUAUAUUGCUGAAGCAUAUCAUGCAGGCAUGACAGCUGCACAACGGAAAAAAAUUCAAAAACAUUUCAUGGAUGGUACUUUAAAAAUCAUAGUUGCCACAGUUGCUUUUGGCAUGGGUAUAAAUAAAUCAAAUAUAAGAUGCAUUAUUCAUUACAACAUGCCGGCUAGUUUUGAAUCUUACGUACAAGAAGUUGGCAGGGCAGGGCGAGAUGGGUUGCCAGCUUUCUGUCAUGUUUUUAUUAACAACAGUAGCAAUGACAAAAAUGAAUUAUUAAAACAUAUUUAUGCAAAUUCAGUUGAUAGGCCUGUAAUUAGACGAUUGCUCCAAAAAGUAUUUGUUUCAUGUCAAUGUCCUAAAGAGACAAACUCAAGAUGUAAAGGCCAUGAAGUUGGAAUACCAAUUGAUAGCACCGUUGAAGAGUUAGAUAUGCCUUCGGAGAACAUUGCAACAUUAUUAUGUUAUGUUGAGUUGCACCCCAAACAUUAUAUAAAAGUAUUAAAUAAUGCAUAUACUAUGUGUAAAAUAAUGUCAUAUGGUGGUCCACAAAAAAUAUUAGAAGCAGCAAAAACUUGUCCUCCUCUUGCAAUGGCUUAUCUUAUUGAAAGUAAAAAGGAUCCAAAUAUAACAAAAAAUAGUGUUUUAGAGUUUAAUGUUAUAGAAGCUGCUGCUGCUAUAGGUUGGGAAAGUGGCAUGACUAAAUAUCAAUUAAAAAAUUUGGAAUGGAAAACUAUUGAUGGCCUUACAAAAAGGUCUGAACUUAAAGUUGAAUUCAAUACUCUAGGUUUUAGAAUAAAAGCUCAAGGUGACCUAUCGGCGGCGGAGCUUGACAGUAUUUUAGAUGACUUGCACAAAUCUGUCCAAAAUCAAGAAGAAACGAGUUUAUAUCAACUUGAAGAAAUCGAUAAAGCGUUUCGCCAUAUCUGUGAUUACUCUGUAGAAAAUAGUAAUUUCUCUGAAGAAACUUUAGAAGCAAAAUCAAAUGAAUUAAAGUCUAUCAUAAGACAUUAUUUUGCAAGAGAAAAUGAACUUCCAACAAACAUUGAAUUGCCCAAACGACCAAUAGAUGUUGAUAACGCUGUUAGUGACAUACGCGCGUUGAUAGCCAUCUAUAAAGACUGCAAGUUUACAGGAAGAAGUAUAGCUAGAAUUUUUCAAGGAAUAUCAUCUCCAAAUUUUCCAGCUUUAGUAUGGGGUAAAUGUAAGUUUUGGAGAUCUCAUAUACAUGAAGAUUUUCAUGGUCUAACUAAAUUAGCUACACAGCAAAUAAUUCAAAUGAAAUAAGUUCAGUUAAACUUUAAUCUAUUUAUAGUAAAGGAAUUAAAUUGACAAAAAUACCUAUUUUUAUUUUU